GUUUAAUGAUAUUACAAGAUAUGGUGAAUAUGACGAAUACGGUAGAUGCGACAGAUGCAGUAGAUAUAACAGAUAUAGUGGAUGUGACAAAUGCAGUGGAUAUGAUAGAUGCGUUAGAACUAUUUGUUAGUAAAACUUUUCAAAACUGGGACUAUGUAGCAAAAUUCAUGAAGAAAUAUGCUACUUCUAAAGGUUAUAGAGUACGGAUAGGUAGUGGCAGCAAGGAUGCUCAUAGAAAGUCAACAUUUAGUAAGUUUUAUCAUAAAUCAACAUCAAGUGAAGAAGACAUAGGAUUAUUAUUAAGAAGACUCCAUGAUAAAAAGAUUAAAGAUCUACAAUAG